GGUAAUCGAAGCGCGUCCUGCGCUUCGCUGUUGUUCCGCGUUCGCCUCUUGGACGUUGAGUCGCAACUUUGACCGAAUAGCCUGCUUGACUAAAAUCGAAAAACACAUUGAUGGUUAGAAUGAAUUUACUUGCAUUCUUUGUUUUGGCUGUGCAAAUAUACAGCGUGACGCCUGUCAUUCACACGCUCAAUUAUUUCGAUACGGCCUCUCAAGUUGCAAAGCUACCAGAGUACUGGGAGGCCGCGUAUGUUGACGGCGUUCAGAUUCUGCACUUUGACAGCAACCACAGGAAAGCAAAAGCGAAACAAGACUGGGUGGACAAAAUCACAGAAGAUGAUCCGCACUACUGGGACAGAAAUACGGCGAAUAGUAUUGCUACUGAGCAGGUCUUCAAAGUCAACAUUGAAAUCGCUAAAAAGCGCUUCAACCAAACUGGAGGUGUUCACAUGCUUCAGAGGAUGCAGGGCUGUGAAUGGAAUGAUGAGACUGGGGAGGUUGAUGGUUGGCUGCACGACAGUUACGAUGGAGAAGACUUCAUAUCAUUUGAGCUGAAGACGAUGAGCUGGAUCGCAGCACAUCCGCAAGCUUUCAUCACCAAACUCAAGUGGGACCAAUUGGACGAGAGGAAUCAAUACUAUAAGAAUUUUUUCACUGAGGAGUGUCCUUUAUGGUUGAAGAAGCACGUGAGCAACGGGAGGGACUUCCUGACCAGAACCGAGCUUCCCACGGUGUCUCUCCUGCAGAAGACGCCUUCCUCUCCAAUCACCUGCCACGCCACGGGUUUCUACCCCAGGACGUCGGACCUCUUUUGGAGGAAGGACGGCCAGGAGAUCCACGAGGACGUGGAGAUGGGGGAGACCCUCCCCAACCACGACGGAACCUUCCAGACCACGGCCGACCUGAAAGUGGAGCUGACGCCCGCCGCGGAGGGCCGCUACGAAUGCGUGUUCAAACUGGAUGGCGUCCGGGAGGAGAUGGUCACCAAGCUGUACGCCAAAAGCAUCCUGAGCAACGUGCGCAUCCAGGAAGAGGAAGACAGGAAGAAGGCGGUGGCCAUCGCUGUCCCGCUGGUGGUCCUGGCUCUGGUGGCGAUGGCGGUGGCGCUGGGGGUGUUCCUGGCCAAGCGUCCCAAAAGCCAAAAAGGUGAACGACGACACAAACUUGGAAAUGUUUCUUAUUUCAAAUUGAAAUGCAGCUGAUGCACUUUGUUUAAAACAGGCUGUAUGCAUAGUUUAUAGUCAAUUCUAAUUGUAUUUACUUUCUGGGUCAUCUCGCUGCUUUUCAGACUCGCACUACUCAACUCGCUACGUUGAUUUUAGUAUCUCUAAAGUGCUAAUUAUGAUCGUUCCCACUUUGGGCUGUAACAAGACUGAUUCAUUGUAUUUAUUCUUAUCACUUUAUUCUGAGGGCAUUUUAUUGAUCAGUUUGAGCAGAAAGUUUUCAAUCAAUAACGACCAUUUGGAUCACAAAGCAUCUAGUUAUCAAGUUAUUAUUGAUGAUGGAUGUCAUGAGAAGUGAGGACAGUUCACAGCAAGUACUGCAAAUCAUAUUUUAGUCAAUAGAGGGCGCUACAAGACCGGUACAAGAUCUUGUAGCGCCACAUCAGCUGGGGCAAAACUGACACUCGUCAUCCAAAACGAAAUUUGAAAGACAGCAAAUUGUUUACAAAUGCUUUAUUUAAGAUAAGAGUGUUAGUGCCGUUAAGUGAACUUCAUGUACCUUAUCAGCUAGCUUUAUAGUAGACGGGAAUACAUUGCUCUAACUGUUGGAAGUUUAAGUUCAUACAUUUGGAAAAUUAAAAAAAUGACACAAAUCAAAGUGGUGCACACCAGCAUAAAUAUGCAAACGAUGAACUAUGGAAAAGCCAUCGUACAUUAAUUAAAUGUUAUACAGGAGAGUAUGUAAUUAAUAAUUAACAUUUCACGAGAAUGGAAAUAAAAUUGUAUCUAAUCUUUCCAAGAAAAUCUUUAUAUAGCCUCCUGAAUAUUAUAUAAAUAAUAAAUACUCGAGUUGUUCGAAUUGUUUUCUUUUUAUUCAUUUAUUUUUGGCAAAUUAAAAAGUGAGAACAGAGUAGGCAAUCAGUGAUUUGUAACAAAACUGGCCAUAGUUGAAUCUUUCACCCAGCGCUCCACUUUUCCACAUGCAAUAUGGCGGCAAAGUUGACCUACGUUCAGCAAUCAAGCUGGGUUUAUGGAUAUUUUCAAUGAUAAAAACCCUCGACGGUCACGUGAUUUCACGGAAAGCCAAACUUUAAUUUACGUUGUAGUUACGCAGCCCACCAGGGGGCGGCGCUGUUUCAACGAGUGGUUUAU